AUGGACAAGAGCUCGGGCCAUUUUCACCCAACUGGGAGUUUACGGUUUAGGGAGGAGAGGGUUUUAGAUUUUCUACGCUAUAGCGUAGAACGAUGCUCAAAAAUUGUUGAUCCUUCCACUAAUUCAAACCCUGACGGUCGCAUCAUCUCCACCACCAUGAAGGAAUCUACCAUCACCCAGCUCAAAUCCCUCCAGGACGACAACGCCAAGCUGAAAGAGAAAAUCACCCAGCUCUAUGAAGUUGCAAGUCGAUUUUAUGAUUGUAGCUCCACCGAACUUGGCGGUGAUAUUGGUCAUCUUCGUCCAUUCUCAAGUCUAAUGCAAAAGCAUUUUGAAGAUGCAACAUUUGCUUUGCAAAUUAGUGGAAUUACUGACAUUUCCUUGUUGAAGCAAGAUCGAAUAUAG